AUGACUCGACAGUUCCAGGUCUAUCUCGAUCCAUCCGUUUCUUUGGUAACUUAUAGUUGCGUGCAUUGUCGCGCACAUCUAGCUGAUCAUUGUGAUCUUAUCAGUAAGGCAUUUCAGGGUAGUCAAGGUCGUGCCUAUCUAUUUGACAAGGCCGUAAACGUCAAAUCGGCCGGGGCUGAGGAUCGAUUGCUCCUAACCGGACAACACCGUGUGGCCGACCUGCACUGCGCUGGCUGCAACUCUCUUCUCGGGUGGAAGUACGAGCGCGCCUUUGAGGCAAGUCAGCGUUACAAGGAGGGGAAGUACAUAAUCGAAUUGGCCCACCUCAUUAAAGAGAACCGCUGGACUGAAAACUCAGCUCAGCCUCUUACCUUCUCGUCACCCUCCUCGGGUUAUCAUAGCGGUGGGGCUACCUCGCCCGCCUACAAGAUCGACGAAGUGGGCCAACGAAACGACGCCUUUGCGGUCGACAGUUCAGGAGACGAGGAGGCCACGCCAUCGUUAUUUGCGACACAAAACCCGGACGAGAAUGUGCCACCUGAGUACCGAGGAACCCUGCGCAGAACAAUUGAGAACACCAGCCACCCGGAAGUGACAUUUCAACAGACGUCGCCCCAGUUGAAUCCUGGCACUUUGGAAUGGAGUGAUCUCCCCCUAAACGACGAUAGUUUCCUUGCGCAUUCAUUUUCCACAUACGAGAUCGCUCCGAGUCGUUCGGCGAAUGUGGGCACGCGUAGGGCAGCGCCGUGCCUUUUCCAGCCCUCCCCCUACCGGUCCAGCGGUCGCACCUCGGUCUCCCCCUCCUCCGGUCUGCUCACCGUGCCGCUUCUCUCGGCAGCCGAGGAACCCGCUGAACCCCAACCGACCGCCUCUGUUCUGGAGGAACUACACGUGUCCUCCGCAUCCCUCCUGCCAUCUCCCAGCUACGCCAUGGAGGCCAUCCAGAACUCCUGCACCACGGACGAGGUCUUCAGCGCGGCCCUCGAGUGA